AGCUCACAGCUAUUGUGGUGGGAAAGGGAGGGUGGUUGGUGGAUGUCACAGCUUGGGCUUUAUCUUCCCCAGCAGUGGGGACUCCACAGCUGCCGGGCUACUUAACAGCAAGACCAGAGCUGUAGCAGACCUCAUUGAGCCUUUGCAGCAGCUGGGAGCAUGGCCUAGGGUGGGCGGCACCACUGUCCAGCGGCUGAGUUUCCCAGGGACCUUGGAGAUACCUGCAGCCCUCAUUGCAGGGGAAGAUGAUUCCUGCCAGAUUUGCCGGGGUACUGCUUGCUGUGGCCCUCGUCUUGCCAGGGACCCUUUGUGCAGAAGGGACUCGUGGCAGGUCAUCCAUGGCCCGAUGCAGCCUCUUCGGAAGUGACUUCAUCAACACCUUUGAUGGGAGCAUGUACAGCUUUGCGGGAUACUGCAGUUACCUCCUGGCAGGGGACUGCCAGAAACGCUCCUUUUCGAUUAUUGGGGACUUCCAGAAUGGCAAGAGAGUGAGCCUCUCCGUGUAUCUUGGGGAAUUUUUUGACAUCCAUUUGUUUGUCAAUGGUACUGUGACACAGGGGGACAAAAGAGUCUCCAUGCCCUAUGCCUCCAAAGGGCUGUAUCUAGAAACUGAGGCUGGGUACUACAAGCUGUCUGGUGAGGCCUAUGGCUUUGUGGCCAGGAUUGAUGGCAGUGGCAACUUUCAAGUCCUGCUGUCAGACAGAUACUUCAACAAGACCUGCGGGCUGUGUGGCAACUUUAACAUCUUUGCUGAAGAUGACUUUAUGACCCAAGAAGGUAAGAUGUUCUGGGAUACUGUUUCCCUAAA